ACGUUGCUGUUGCACAUCGCGUCAGGAGCUAAAUCAGGGAUAGGGCUGUUUGUAAAUCGAGCUUUCGGACUUGUCUUCGAUCAAUUCAGCUUAUAUAUUGCCUAAUUAGUAUCCGAGAAUUCGAUGCGUGUUAGUGGAGCUGCCUGGCAGUUGAUUCCUGUUUGGCUGCAUUGUAUUUCGAUUGUGGCUGGAUUGGUUGGAAUCGUGCCAUCUGGUUUGUUCCGUUUCUUUAACUUUUACGAUAAUGUGUUGUUGGCGAAACGCCACAGUUCUUUCGAGACCUGUAGGCUGUAG